ACACAAAACGAAUGUGCAACAGCAUCUGAUGCACAUCACACAAAUCUCAGCUCAUUCAUAAAGCGCGAUUUAAUAGUAAUAUAAACCGUAAUAUUUAAAUAUUUGUUUUAGUUACUGUGAUUUGGCACACAAGACACACCCCUUUCCAAAGUGUAUAUUUAUAGAGGUUAAUAGAUAAUGCAAGUCUUUUGGAAUGAGAUUAAAGGGCUGUUAGUGUGAUAAACGGGAGACUGGCAUUGGCAAGGUGUCAUGUUGAAGUUACGUAAAAGAAUAAACAUGCAGACUAUUCUGGAAAGAGCAAUGGGAUAUUUAUUACCCAGCACUCAUGUUUGUGGCUUAGGCUCAUUCAGAAACGGCUAAUCUGUUUCAUCUUUAGUCUUUAUACUUUUUCAAGUUGAAAAGUCAAUUUUUAUCAGUUUGCACAGUUGCAUUCUUUUGUGAGCGGUUUACCUGGAAAAUGAGUUACUAUGAAGCAUAUGCUUUGAAAAACAGUCGAGAGCGCAGUCGGUGUCUUGCUUGCCUCACCUAAAGAAAUAACAGGAAAUGAGAUAUUUCUCAAUCGCAUACUCGACAACAAGCAUGUCGGGUAACAACAACCUGAACAAUAAGAGUUCUUGUGUUUUAUGUGAGGAUGCAGUUGAGUUUACUGCAGUAUCAAAAAGAGCACAACCCACAAGGUUGUGUCAUAUUUCUCUCAUGAUUACUGCUCCCUCCCUCUGGUCAGCGGGGAGUUUACAGGUCCAGAAGAAUGUGGUUAUUCAUCAGAGCAGUUUGAUGGGGUAAACAUGGGUCUAGUGCGUAAUGAAUAGACGAUGAUGCUGCAAAAAGGCAAUCUUGAUCCUUUGAUAGGAAGCAAACCAGAGACUGCUCAUGCAUGAACUGAUAGCACAUCAUCAAGGGCUUCUGUUAUUCUCCACGGAUCAGCUGAGGGUCAAGUCAUCCUGCCUCAUUCAUGUGCUAACGUUUAUAUGUCUAUAUGUGUCUGGUUUUAAAGUAGACAGACAUCGGUUCGGUGUAUGUUUUUGUAGAGCAGGUGGAAUAGGUUUAAGUUAAAGGGUCAGCUUGUGAGAUAACAGCUGUGACUCAAUUUUUUCCCCUUUGACAUUGACAAAGACCAUCCCUCCCAAGCUCUCCAUGCAUCCAUUAGCUGUGCCAGAUGCUGGCUUGUUUGAUGCAUGGUUGUGAAAGUUUGCUGGGGUCUGUAUAUUUAACUGAGGAAACAAGUCUUUAUAUGAAGAGUUUAGAUGCAAAACCAGCUAAGGCAUCAUUUCUUGUUAAUCAUUUUUUUUUUCGACUCAUAAUGGAUUCUGCCUAAAAAACUGUAGUUGGCCUGUAGUCGGGAUUAAUGGAACGUGACAACACCAAACAUACCAUCAACAAUGUCGGAUGUUGCAUUAUUAUUAUUAAUGGUCAGUGGCUUUGCUUAUCUACAUAAGCAUCCAAACAUGGCAAAUCCUAAAGGUAUGUGCUGCGUGACGUAAUGUAUAUAAACAAAUGCUGCCACCGAGAAUAACGUUACGUUACAGCCAAACAUUUUUUCUUUUACACAGAACAACGUUAGCCUAGCAUGUAGCUUCCCCCCUAGUAUCUUGUCACAGUAACAUUUUGGCACUAUGGCCAUGUUUGAUUAGGUUUUUCUUUAAUAAAAACAUUACUCUGACAGUUUUUCUUAAUUUUUGUGUUUGUAUAUUGAAUAUAAUUCCAUCCUUAGCUAUGAUACGGUACAGACUGCCUUUGCGAAUUGUAAGACAGGCUGUCUGUAGUGCUUUGGCAUCCGUGCCUAAAUUAAUGGUUUGAGACAUUUGCCAACCACAUGCUUCGGCCUUUUUUCCCCUUUUGAUGCCAUGUUGCUGUGGAGCCGACAGUUCGGCUAAGCCUCAAGAUUGCAACAAAUGCUUUAAGCGUAUUUGUCAGCAUUCGUUGGAUCAGUGCUUCUUGCUUAGUGAAAGCAUAGUUUUUUGUUUACGAAAAAGCAAAGCAAUUAACUUGCAUCCCGUUAAUGAGAUGAGCGGACCAUACAGAGCAUGCUGCUGUGGUUUUCUAACAGACGUUUCCUGUACACGGACGUCCAAUCGCUAGCAUAUAGCGGUUUAACAUCACAAUAAGGCUGUGCACCUGUAAAAAAAAGACAGAACAUCAUCCUACGCACAUGCACAAAGCGCACACCUCCGUCUAGCUUCUCUGAUUCACAAACCUGCCUUGUUUCUAACGUAUUACAUCAAACAUAGAUCAACUACACUGCUGUCGAAUUGAAUAGACGAACAGUGAAUGAACUUGAGGAAUUUAGGAGUACUUAAACCGCAUUGCUGUGGAUGCAGAAAGUUUUAUAUAUAAAUAACUAUAUAUAACUGACAAAAAGGGAAGACGUAUAUAGCAUAAUUCAUAAUUCACUUCCCGCAGCUGCUUUCACUGCUUAAAUUCUGCCUAAAUGUAUACAAAAGUGCAUUUUUAUUGUCAGACAUGCAAUGUGCAUGAACGGUUAACUAUCAGCUGGAGUUAUCGGCCUGUCAUUCUAUGUCAGGUUGUCAUGUUACACUCGUAUCCUGCCCAGUGCUGUGUGUUUGCCUCGCUGCACAUGGGAGACUCGAAGCAGUUUGGUGUGUGUGGCCAUGGGCAGUGUCUGUUUGCUCUCUGUGUUGACAUAGGGAUGGAGAAGUAAGCACCCCCCUCCUGCCCCAGGAGAGAUGGAGGUUAGAAUGAGAGCGAGGGAGCGGCAGGUGGCAGAGAAUCGGUCUCAGGCCUUGUGGAUGCACUUAGAUGUGUGCAAUGAGUGCUGUGGCUGACAUGCCUCAGUGUUUUGGAUUGCUGUGCUCUGGACUCAGUAGGACAAGAGACUCCCAGCACAGAACGUCAUGAGCAUAGUCUUCCCAGUAGGGGUGGACACGGCCAACACCUCGUACCUGGACAUGGCUGCAGGCUCAGAACCAGAAUCUGUGGAGGCCAGCUCCGUUGUAGUGGAGAAGUCCAGCUACCCUCACCAGAUUUACAGCAGUGGCUCGCACCACUCCCACGGCUACAUCGGUCUGCCUUACGCCGACCAUAACUAUGGGGCGCGACCCCCGCCCACCCCGCCCGCGUCCCCCCCUCCCUCUGUGCUAAUACGGCCGGGCGAGAGUUUGUUUGUGUCUGGGGGCCGGGCGAGCGAGGGCCUGUUUGUGCCGGGCGGGCAGGACGAGGCGUCGCGCGGCACCACGCUCAGCACCUCGGAGGACGGCAGCUACGGUGCUGACAUCACACGCUGCAUCUGCGGCUUCACCCAUGACGAUGGCUACAUGAUCUGCUGCGAUAAGUGCAGUGUUUGGCAGCAUAUUGACUGCAUGGGGAUCGACCGGCAAAACAUUCCCGAGACGUACCUGUGUGAACGCUGUCAGCCCCGCACGCUGGACAGAGAGCACGCCAUCCUACUACAAACCAGGAAGAGAGAGAACAUGUCUGAUGGGGACACCAGUGCUACGGAAAGUGGAGAUGAGGUUCCACUAGAGCUGUACACAGCCUUUCAGCACACCCCUACCAGCAUCACACUCACCACAGCUCGUCUCGGCAACAAACAGACAGAAAAAAAGCGAAAGAAGAGCGGAGAGAAGGAACCCACGGCUCCACCCAGGGCAAAGAAGGCAUUCCGUGAAGGCUCUAGAAAAUCAUCUAGAGUGAAGGGCUCCGCUCCUGAGUGUGAGCCAACAGAUCCUCCCUCUCUUUGGGAGAAUAAGAUGAAGUCAUGGAUGGAGCGCUACGAAGAGGCCAGCAGUAACCAGUACAGUGAAGAAGUGCGGAUACUGCUUCGAGUCAAAGAGGCCAGAGAUGGCAAGACGCUGGCCUACAACACGCACACCGCAGCCUUUAAACCACCUGUAGAGAGUCACAUACAAAAAAACAAACGCAUUUUAAAGGCUGUGCGGGAUUUGGCUGCUGACUCGCUCAUAAUCGAAUACCGGGGGAAAGUCAUGCUGCGACAGCAGUUUGAGGCCAAUGGUUACUUUUUUAAGAGGCCGUACCCCUUCGUAUUGUUCUACUCUAAGUUUGACGGUUUGGAAAUGUGCGUGGACGCUCGGAGCUUUGGGAACGAGGCCCGAUUCAUCCGUCGCUCAUGUACGCCCAACGCUGAGGUGCGGCACGUGAUCGAGGACGGCAUGCUGCAUUUAUACAUUUACUCUCUGAGGUCCAUUCUCAAGGGCAGCGAGAUCACCAUCGGCUUUGAUUAUGACUACGGCAGCUGUAAAUAUAAGGUGGACUGUGCUUGUUUGAAAGGCAAUCUGGAAUGCCCUGUGCUAAAGCAGAAUUUAGAGCCUACAGAAAAUUUGGGUUCUAGCACACGACGCCGAGGCCGCAAGGACAGAGAACCGUCACGGGACGAGACCGGACAGAACCAGAACCUCAUAAUGGACUGUGACGGCUCCAAGGCCAAAUCGCUCAAUGACGGCAAACAGAGAAAACUCUCUCCUCUACGCCUCUCUAUCUCUAACAAUCAGGAUCCUGAGUUAAUAGAGGAUCUAGAAGAGAAAAACUCCAUUAGCAAUGAAGUAGAGAUGGAGUCAGAGGAGCAGAUUGCAGAGAGGAAAAGGAAGAUGACGCGUGAAGAAAGGAAAAUGGAGGCCAUUCUGCAGGCGUUUGCUCGGAUGGAGAAGAGAGAGAAACGACGAGAGCAGGCGUUAGAGAGAAUCGGCACUAAGGGGGAGAUCGGUGGGCGCAGCGAUAUAAAGGAAGAGCCACCGCCCACACCAGAGGCUGAAUGUCCUGCUAUAAUACAGCCCAUGAUUGAGAUUGUGAAGGAGGAGCCCUGUCUAAAGCCAGGCAAAGUGAGCCGUACCAAGCAGAGAAAAAGCUUCUCUCGGAAUCGCACUCAUAUCGGACAGCAGAGGCGGCGAUCCCGCACAGUCAGUUCCUGCUCCGAAUUGCCACCUAAUUCCCCUGGUGACGGUUUAGAGUCUCAUGACUCGGCAGAGACUCAUGACGGAGAGAUGCCCUUAGCUCCUGAGAUUGACGUGCCUCCAUCACACGCUCCUGAUGCCAGCCCGCCUCACAGCAGCUCGCCUGCCCCAGCGUCCCGUGGUGGGCAGAAGUACCCCAAAACUAAAAAGCACUUAGUGAGCGAAUGGAUGGGUGUCGAGAAACCAGAGCGGGGAGCUUCACGGACGCCAGAGCUGCCACCUGAGAGGCCGCUGAGGAUAAGCAGCGACCCCGAGGUCUUGGCUACGCAAUUAAACUCUCUUCCAGGCAUGGCCUGCAGCUCACACGUCUACAGCACACCCAAACACUACGUCCGUUUCUCAUCUCCGUUUUUGGCCAGCCGCAGCCCUACCACUCCUGGGGUGCCCACGAGCCGGAGGCGCUCGCGAGAACUGCCCGAAACACCACCUACAACUGGCUCUUGCAAGAAGCGCUGGCUAAAGCAAGCUUUAGAAGAGGAGGGCUCUACCAGCCCAGGAGGAGGACGCCUUUCUCUGUUGAUGCCCAGUGAAAGCCCUCUCAGUCCCUCCAUCAAUGGAGAGUCUUGCAGCCCUCUACCCCUUAACGGCAGUUGCUCGCUACCAGAGUUGCCUACCCCGUUGAAGAAACGGCGCUUAUGUUCAGUUGAUCCAUACAUGUCGGAGACCUCCACCCCAUAUGGAUCUCCAUGUGCCACCCCAACGCGAACAGAUUCAACAGACACGCCAGGCACGCCCCUGUUGCUAGCCACACCUCCUCGACCGCGCCCAGAAGACCUGAGUACUGAAUCCUUGGCUUCAUUACAGGUUCCCAGCCACCCUCCACAACAGGAGAGCGAGUCAUCUAUGGACAGCUCUCCAGAUGGUAGCCGGAGGCCGAGCACACAAGACUUGGACCGGCCACCUUCGCUUUUGGCAUCUCCCUGUGCGAGGACAGUCGUCCCUGAUACUGCACCACAGGAAUCUAUAAAACCUGCCGGGUCCCAGAGUCCUCAGCCCUCACUCACUGAGCCCCAGGAUAUAGCCGGUGAUGAUGGCAUGGAGGUCGAAGGUAGUGGCUCAGAAGCUGCCUCGACAUCGGAUACACCCGUGUCCGCUUAUCCCCCCUGGAUGAAGAGUCCAGACCGAGGUGGUCUCUCUUUUUCCUCAGUGAACUCUAAUUUGAGAGACCUCACGCCCUCUCACACUUUGGAAUUAGGAGCGUACCGGCCAGAUUCGACCUCUGCUAGCCCCUUCAGUGACACGGCGCCCUUUUAUUCCUGUGGCGAGGAGAGCGGUGGCAUAACCUUUACCCGCUCAUUAAGUGGAGAUGGCACUGGGGACGGAAGUGCAGCAAAAAAUCCAUCACAGAAGAAAAAGGUCUCUCUCCUGGAGUACCGAAAACGGCAGCGUGAAGCACGACGAAGUGGUUCGAAGGGAGAGUGCAGCUCUCCUCUUUCCACAGCACCUCCUGUUGACAUAUUUCCUGUUUCUGUGGAAAUAGCUAUUGAGCCACCUGCAUUUGCAGCAACUCUGACCCCGAGGACUCCUCAACCAAUUGAAGAGCCGGAUGCCCAACCUCAGGGGGAGGGAGAGGGCCAGUGGACAUCUUCCACAUCAGUAGAACAGGCGAGGGAGCGAGGCUACCAUAGGGCCCUGUUGUUGAGCGACCACCGAAAGGACACGGACGGAGAGGGAGAAGGGGAUGCGCAGAUGAAGGAAUGUCUUUCACCCAAGAGUUGCAAAAGUCCCUCGACAAAUGCACCCUGUUCUCCAGCACCCCAGAUUGUGUCUCGCCCAUCCAAGGAUGAGGAGAGUGAAACGCAACCUCACGGUCCUUCUCAACCCCAGGCACUGUCCGUCCAGCAGUCCAGCACCACCAAGACUUCAAGCUCCAAACCACCGGCCUCUCUGACGCCCAGCAAGAUGGCAUCCCAGAGUCACUAUCCUGGAUCUUCGCUCAUGCACUCUCCCAAAGCGCAACCCCAAGGAUCACCUUACCGUGGCCAGCGAACCUUUUUGACAACUCCGUCGCAAAACCAGCCUCAGCCGCAGGCUACUUCUGUCCCGGCCCCUUUCCCUCAGUAUAACCCUCAAAAUGCCCCACCUCCACCACCACCUCCACCCCCAGCACCUCCUUCUUCUGCUCCCUACUUUCCUACUCAGCCAGCUGCAGCUGCUGCACCUUUUCCUGCGUUCAAGCCAACGGUUGCGUCGCCCUUUCCACCUGGCUCGCAGCCUCUCCUGCAGCCCCAUCAUGCAUUGCACUACCAGAGCAGUGCUGCCCCUCCCCCACCACCUCCUCCUCCCCCUCCCCAUCCACAGUCUGGCCCUACCUUGCUGCAUGUCAAUCUGCAACCUCCUCAAAUGCAGCAGCAUCAACUGCUGCUGAGCUCUGCCCUGCCCCCACCACCACCUCCACCACCUCAGACCCAAACUUCCCAACAACCCCAGCCUACUAGUGGCACACUGCUUGUCAAACAAGGACCACACCCAUCGACCUUACCACCUUCCGGUAAUGCACCACACCCGUUUCAGAACAUUAGUGGCUUUCAGACCACCCUACUUCACCAGUCGGCACCAACCAAUCCCUCUGUAACUCCUUCCACUUAUCAACAAACUGUAUUACCCCCUCCUCCUCCUCCACCACUCCAGCAAACUCCUCCCACGCAGGCGCCGGCCAAUGCGAAUGUCUCGCAGAUUGCCUCUGGCAAUCGAGGACCCGCCCCUUCGUCUGCCCCCUUUCACAGUACUGGCUACUUGGGCACAGGAUGGCACUGACCUCACCUUAUCAAACUCCACCCCCAGACGAACUCUUCCAGAGAUGGGGUGGAGCCACACCGUGUAACAUAGGCAACACAGCACCACUGUAAAUAUUUUCUAUGUACCUUUUCACAAUGGCUAACAGAAAACGGUGGGAAAAAGGGUACAUUUUAAAAAGAAAAAUGGAGAACUGUUAAAACAAGACUGUGUAAAAGAUGAUGGUUAAUGAACCCUGGUGCUCAUCACUUACCCCCAAAUACCCUCAAAUCUCUCCUUCUACUGCCAUCCUGUCUUUUUCAGAUAACUUCAUUUACUUUUAAUGUUUUUAUUCAUUUUAAAUCCCCUUUCCUAUCUCUUCCUGUCAGAUCCCUCAUCUAUCCUCCCACUGCAUUGCAAUGCAAUGGGACAUUCCAGUCUUCUCCUCACCUUUCCCUUCCUUUCCUGUUCUGUCACAGUUUUUUCGUUCAACAGUUAUUUGUUUUAUCUAGUGGCUCAUUAUAUAGCAAAAACGUUUUGUAUAGAGAAAAAAUACAGAAUUAUUAUUUUUUUUAUUCCUUCAUGUAACAAAAUAUCUGUGCACCGCUGCAGAAAUACAGAGAAGACCUUUCCGAUAGGCCGCUUCACUGCCCCAGGAGACUGCACUUGCGUGAAUGAGCAAGGUUGUGUGUACGAAUGUCUGUAUCAGAGCGGAGGGAAUGUUUGUGCGUGUAUGCUUGUGGAGUCUGUGUCCGCGCGCAUAGUUGAACCAUGCAAGAAGCGGAAGGUAAAUACGCCGCAGACAGAUGCGUGCUGUUCUCUGAGGCAGCUUUAAAAGAGAGAGGUCCUUCCUGUAGGGGGUAAGCGGUUUAUUUUUGAAUAUCAAUGGUUAUUUGUAGAAAGUGUAAUUUAAUGUACAUGUGGUUACUCCACCUUUCUCCAGAAACAGUUGUACAUAUUGGCUUCUUUUCUUUUCUAUGCUUGUAUAAUCGCUCCCAUCCCCAUUUUGGAAUAUGGUUGUAAAUACAUGCGCUCUUGGCAAAAAGCUGAAUGUUUCUGUGACAGUAGCACUAUUUUUAUUUCUUCCUCUCUGGUUUAAUUUUUUUUUUACUGUUUGUGUGUGAGUGUAUGUGUGUGUGAAGGACAGAGGUUCACAGACACAGCACUGGUUGGCUAUUUUCAUGGUUCAUUAUAAUAAAUCACUGUAAUGACAGUUUUAUACCAA